GGAAGCGGAUGUGUGCAGCGGAGGUGGCUGGGCGGAAGUGGCGGCUUGUUGCUGUGCGCCGUGGUUUGGAGUUCUCCGGGUGGCGACGGGCAGUUAGUUCAUCAUGUCGAUCGAAAUCGAGUCGUCGGAUGUUAUCCGACUGAUUAUGCAGUACCUGAAGGAGAACAGUUUGCAUCGUGCCUUGGCCACUCUACAGGAAGAGACCACAGUGUCACUGAACACAGUGGACAGCAUUGAGAGUUUUGUUGCAGAUAUUAACAGUGGCCAUUGGGACACAGUACUGCAGGCAAUACAGUCAUUAAAACUACCAGACAAAACACUUAUUGAUCUGUAUGAGCAGGUAGUUUUGGAAUUGAUAGAGCUUCGUGAAUUGGGUGCUGCCAGAUCUCUCCUGAGACAAACUGACCCAAUGAUCAUGCUAAAGCAAACUCAGCCAGAGCGUUACAUCCACCUUGAAAACCUUUUGGCCAGGUCGUAUUUUGAUCCUCGCGAGGCAUACCCAGAUGGGAGCAGCAAAGAGAAGCGGAGAGCUGCUAUUGCCCAAGCCUUGGCUGGUGAAGUCAGUGUUGUGCCUCCAUCUCGUCUUAUGGCAUUGCUGGGACAGGCACUGAAAUGGCAACAGCACCAGGGACUUCUUCCUCCUGGUAUGACAAUUGAUUUGUUCCGAGGCAAAGCAGCUGUCAAAGAUGUUGAAGAGGAAAAGUUCCCCACACAACUGAGUAGGCAUAUUAAGUUUGGCCAGAAGUCUCAUGUGGAGUGUGCUCGAUUUUCACCAGAUGGUCAGUAUCUGGUCACUGGCUCUGUUGAUGGGUUCAUUGAAGUAUGGAACUUCACCACCGGCAAAAUCAGAAAGGAUCUGAAGUACCAAGCUCAGGAUAACUUUAUGAUGAUGGAUGAUGCGGUUCUAUGCAUGUGUUUCAGUAGGGAUACGGAAAUGCUAGCAACUGGAGCACAGGAUGGGAAGAUCAAGGUUUGGAAGAUUCAGAGUGGGCAGUGUCUGAGGCGAUUCGAAAGAGCGCACAGCAAAGGUGUCACCUGCCUGAGUUUUUCAAAGGACAGCAGUCAGAUUCUUAGUGCCUCUUUUGACCAGACAAUCAGAAUCCAUGGCUUGAAGUCUGGCAAGACUCUCAAAGAAUUUCGUGGUCAUUCGUCAUUUGUUAAUGAAGCCACAUUUACACAGGAUGGGCAUUACAUAAUCAGCGCAUCUUCGGAUGGCACUGUGAAGGUUUGGAAUAUGAAGACUACAGAGUGUUGUAACACUUUCAAAUCACUCGGCAGCACAGCUGGGACAGACAUCACCGUCAACAGUGUGGUUUUGUUGCCUAAGAAUCCGGAACACUUUGUUGUUUGCAACAGAUCAAAUACAGUUGUCAUUAUGAACAUGCAGGGGCAGAUUGUGAGAAGCUUCAGCUCUGGUAAGAGGGAAGGUGGUGACUUUGUCUGCUGUGCCCUUUCUCCACGAGGCGAGUGGAUCUACUGUGUGGGUGAAGACUUUGUGCUGUACUGUUUCAGCACAGUGACUGGCAAGCUGGAGAGAACAUUGACGGUUCACGAAAAGGAUGUUAUUGGUAUCGCUCACCAUCCCCACCAGAACUUGAUUGCUACCUAUAGUGAAGAUGGGCUGCUGAAGCUCUGGAAACCAUAAACUAAUUUUUUAAUUCCCUCCACUGCAUGGAGAUCUUGAAUGCAAAGACACAGUGCGUUGCAGGGUGGUUUUCAGUUUGUAGGAGGUCCAAAAGUUAUCUCAGCUGAAUAUUAAUUUCAUAUUCAGAUGUCCCUAUAAAUUUGCAAUUUAUUUAUUGCAAAUAAAUG